CCAGCUGACCACAAGAGCACGAUGCUUUCUCUGGCUUUGCUUUACCUUGUCGCAGUGAUUUGCUCUGCGAGACGGACACACGCUCUUCCUCUGUAUCCUGACACCAACCUGGAGCCACAUGCAGAUUUCAUUCAGAAAUUAGUGUCAGAAGUUGAGGACCGACCCAACACUGCUGAGGAGGAGCAGAGAGAGGUUAAUAACCUGUAUCCUCUACUGAUGCAGCACAAUGGAGGCAGAGACGCUUGGCAUAAAGAAAUGAAAGACUCAGCACAGCAAGACAAGUUUGCAAACAUGGUCGAGGACCUCAAAGAAGUCGUUCUGAAGAUGGCAGCGGCCGACAAACUCCGCUCUCAGGUUUUUGUCAGAUCGGAUCAGAACCUGCCAAGAACAAACAAAAGAGCCUGUUUCUGGAAAUACUGUGUGACCAACUAGAAUCACGGCGACGUCGGGUGUUUGUGACGAGGCCUGCACACAAAAAACACGCUCACCCUCACCAUCGACACUUUUGUUUCCCAUCAACAAUAUAUGUGAACCCCGGAUCAACAGAAAUUAUAUUUUUUGAAGUUGUAAAAGUGUCUCUUUGUUUUUGUGU